CUAUGAUUGUUAUUUGGAUUUUAGCUUUAUAGUAGCUUUUGAUAAAUCAAAAGCAAGUUGAGAGGGGGUAACAGAAACAAACGACACAUAACCUUUAUUAUUAAGAAAUUAUAAUUUUUGAUUGAUUAUUCUGAUGAUGAGCAAGCUGAUGAUAUAGUAUUUAUAUUUGGGUGCAUUAAUGAUUUGCAAAUUUUAGCUAACAUGGUUGUUGUUUUAUGGGGCAUUCUACAGGUUGUUGAAGUUUCUACCUCCAAGACCGGGAAGCACGGACAUGCUAAGUGUCAUUUUGUUGGAAUUGAUAUCUUCACUGCUAAGAAGCUGGAGGAUAUUGUUCCUUCUUCCCACAAUUGUGAUGUUCCGCAUGUCAAUCGUGUUGAUUACCAGUUGAUUGACAUUUCUGAGGAUGGAUUUGUGAGCUUGCUUACUGAUAGCGGAGACACUAAGGAUGAUCUGAGGCUCCCAACUGAUGAGAGCUUGUUGAAACAGAUCAAGGAUGGUUUUGCUGAGGGGAAAGACCUUGUUGUCUCUGUUAUGUCGGCAAUGGGGGAGGAGCAGAUUUGUGCACUCAAGGACAUUGGUCCAAAGUAGUUUGAGUUCGAUUUGCUGUGUGUUAUUGCAACUCUAAAUUUAAAGAUUUUUGUUAAGAGCUUUAAAUAGUUUGCCUCUCGGAGACUUGGGAGCAUAAAUGCUGUUUGGAAUGGUUGUUUUUCU